AUACAUUUCUAAGUGUCUUGGGUGCCCAUUUGAUUAAUGGCAUGAAGGAAGAUACUAAAUAAAUUAAGGAAUGGGAUCUUCCUAGUUCUGUGUUAUGAUUCUAUGUGAUUGCUUAAUAAAUAUUGCGGGAUGAUGCUAAGAGAGUCCCAGGGAAGCAAAGACUUCCUACCGAUUUGCUAACCAAAUGCCCUUAGGCUAGAACAUGACCCCUAGGAAAGCUGGUGCAUGCUUUGUGUUUUGUUGUUGUAGAUGCCAGUAAAAGGCAGCUGUAUUUUGAUGAGCCCUAACAACUUUAGAGGUUGCUAGGAUGAAGGAGUAUGUCUAGAUCGGGAUUUUACAUCUGGCAAAUUGGGGACUAGAACUGGCUGGCUCCCCAGCAAAUUUUGUCUGGUGAUUGCUUCUCUGAAUUGAGGAGAAUUGGGAUUGCUGCAGCUGAGGGAAUGUUCCCACAGUGAAAGGAUCAGAAUAAGAUGUGUUAGAAAGUAAUUAAAACACCAUCUCUUCUGUGAAACAGAUAAUGUGUGUGUAGCUCCUUUGGACAAAAUUGGUUCAUGAAUCACAGAGUUCCGGCCAACAAAAGAUACCAGCCCACAGAAUAUGAACAUGCAGCCAACUGUGCCACACAUGCUUUCUGGAUUAUCCCUAGCAUCCUCGGCAGUUCCAACCUUUACUUCCUGUCUGAUGAUGACUGGGAAACAAUUUCUGCUUGGAUCUAUGGCUUUGGCCUGUGUGGUCUCUUUGUUGUCUCCACGAUAUUCCACAUCAUCUCCUGGAAGAAAAGACAUCUCAGGAUGGUGGAACAUUGCCUGCACAUGUUUGACAGAAUGGUGAUCUAUUUCUUUAUAGCAGCAUCGUAUGCCCCCUGGCUUAAUCUCCGGGAACUUGGUCCGUGGGCCUCCCACAUGCGCUGGAUUGUCUGGAUCAUGGCUUCUGUUGGCACCAUCUAUGUGUUCUUCUUCCAUGAACGAUACAAACUUGUGGAGCUUCUCUGCUAUGUUGUGAUGGGUUUUUUCCCAGCCCUAGUCAUCCUCUCUAUGCCCAACACUGAUGGAAUCUUGGAACUCAUGACCGGAGGUGUCUUUUACUGCUUUGGGAUGGUGUUCUUCAAGAGUGACGGUCGGAUUCCCUUUGCCCAUGCCAUCUGGCACCUGUUUGUGGCAUUUGGAGCUGGCACCCACUACUAUGCCAUCUGGAGGUACCUCUACCAGCCCAACACACUGGAAUCUAAAGUGUCCAAAUGAGACAUCAAAGAAUCUUGCGACACGCCUGGUGCCCUUGGAACAGUGCGUUAGAGGAGAUGUUACUGGGAUGAGAUCCUGCUCAGAGGUUCCAGGCCUGUCUUUUGCUUCAAAACUGAAUAUUUUUUUUUGGAUGGGUCCUGGGGUAUGUCUGGUGGUUGCCAGAAAUCUUUAGGGUAUCUGGUACAGGGGGGAAAAGGCACUAGAAGACUUUAUUGGAGGGCAAAAAAUUAACCAGAUACUUUGUUUAUGUUUUAGACAAGUGUUCCAUAACAAAAAUCAACAUUAAUGUCUUCAGGAAAGGGAACUUAUCCCUUUCUGGAAACAAAAGGUCAUGAUAGGCAAAGACUUUGUUCACAGAGUCCUGAAAACCUUUAAAGUGACAAUUAUACUCCUUUAGGGAGAAAAUCAGCCUCUGUAUGUGCCAGAUCAAUCAGAGCCCAACUUUUUUGUAACCUGGAAGCUCAAACUGCCCAACUACAGAAUCAAUUAGUCUCUAGGUAAUUUUGGGGAUGGGAAGGUGACCCUCUCUGGAAAUAGGCAAUACCUAAUCUAAGACCAUCCAAGAGUGGACACUUUUUUCCUUUUAGGAAAGUGAAUACAUUCUUUUUUUGCUCCCUCCUUUACUAAAGUCCUUUUCAGACCCUUGGGUAUAUAUUGAUAUGGUUCUUCCUACCCUGACAUUUUAGUUGUAUUGGAAAGGAGCUGGAGGGAAAAUAUAUGAUAAAACUGUGGUUGUUUUAAUUUCUAGAUUGAAUCUGCAAGUGGGUCACAUGAUUCCAGCAACAAUAACAACAACAAAAAUCAAGACACUUUGUGCUGUUGGGAGAUGACCUGAGGGGAAGGGUCCUAAACAUCUCCCCAGAAACAUAGAAUUAAAAGGGCAAUUUGGGAAAAGGGGAUGAACUUUGUUUAAAGCGAUUUGCCAUUUCUGAGUCCCAAAUGACACAAGAGCAAGUAGUGAGUGAUGCUCUUAAGGGAUGGGGCAGGAGACAGAUACUGGAAGGAAUUUAUAAUAUUCAGAUUUUUUAUUUUUUUUUCUUGUUCCCAAGUGGCAAAAUCUGAUAUUAUUUAAAACCAUUUCUUUUAAGAAAUUGGGAUUCUUCCUUCUUCUCUUUUCCAUCCCCAAGAUGUCUUCAGAGGAAAACCCCAUCAGUGAAUGUAAACAUGAAUUCUGACAGAACUUCUAGGCCAAAAUCUCUGAAAUCCAAAGACCAUCCAGACUGAAAAAGCUUCCAGACACCAACUGGUAUUGUCUCAUUCCAUGGGCUGGGGGUUCUGUGUGGAUGUAAUACCUCUCUUGACCAUUAGACAGAGGCAUCCUGGCAUAGAUAGGCUGCUGGACUUGGUGCCAGGAAGACUGAGAUUUGAAACCAGUCUCUGAUAAUUAACUGGCUGUGUCACCCUAGGCAGGUCAUUUAACCUUCAUGUGCCUAAAGCAACUCUAUAGGGCUACUCUCCCAAGUAACUGAUAGGUUGUGAUGUCUGUUGGUGGAGGUCCCACACUGACCAUCACAGCCUCUCCUGCCUACUUCAAGGCUUCUAGUAGAGAAAGGAAGUAGCAGGAAGUGUGGACCCAAUCAUUGGAAGACCUGAUUCUAAAAGACCUUAUUCCCUACAGAAUCACAAUCAACAUAGCCUUAUACAGUACUUAAUUAAACUUGAAUACAUUCCAGGACUAUUUGAGGGCUUCAGGCUUUGGAAUCCCUUUUGUCUAAGUCAGUAUUAAAUACCUUUGACACAUUGUAUAGAGAUGUGGUCCUAGAGCCAAGAUGAUGCACUUUGUUCAGGAAUUUGGGGACUUUUGUAAGUCUGCUCAAUUGAGUAUUAAAAUGGCAGACUUUAGCAUAAUUAUUUCUUCAGAUUGGAUUAGAAUGAUGGAAUAGAUACCUCAAUUUAGAGGUGGUAAAAGUACCCAUUGAGCAGAUUCUAGGCUGGAUUGAGAGGUGGGGGGACUUGCUUUGUCCUGGGAGGAUUUAUACUUUGCUAAAGAUAACUCCAUGUUGUAAAUAUGGGCUUAAUAUCCAUUCUAGUAAGAUUCUAUUUUACUUUAGGAUAUGCCAUAAGUUUCCUCAUUUGUAAAACAAACAAACAAACAAGAGCAUUGGACUAAAUGAUCUCUAAGUUUCCUUCUAUCUCUAAAUCAUGGACGUAAAAGUUCUAUAUGGAUGUAAUACCUCAUUUGGCCACCAGGACAGAGGCAGCCUGGUAUAAAUAGUGUUGGAUGGACUUGGUGCCAGGAAGAUUGAUAUUUGAAACCAGCUUAAACCAUAUGAGUAUGAUUAUUCUAUAUGAGGGAAUUUCAUCUGUGCUCAGAUCAGGACAAUCCUGUUGUAUCUUCUAAAAUACGGUAAUGGAGCUAAGCUUAGCAUAAGGGUAGAAUAGAAAGAAAUAAGGAAACUCAGAGAGUUCAAAGCAUGGGCAGGAAUUAGGCAAUGCAAUGGUUGUUAUUGACAGCAUUUUCCAGGGUACCUUGGAGAAGCCAGAAUUCAGCUUGGGCAAAGAUGCCCUGUGGCAACCCUACAAUGUUGGCAAGGUUUGCUUUUGUGCCUUCCCCUGUCUCCUUGUAUUGCCUAUAUCCCCAGGCUCACUGGACCAAAAAUCAUGAAACUCAAUAUGUAAUUCUGGCUGUGAUAGUUACUUAUACUAAAAGGCUUGGACAAGUUGCCUAAACUCUCCUGCAUUUAGUUUUCUCAUCUAUAAGAAGAGAAAGUUAGACUAGAUGGUCCCUCAUUCUGGUCUUCUUUGUGUUGCAAUGAUUGUGGUAUGGACGAAGUAAGCUCUGAAGGAUUCAAAUUCCAGUUCUGCUCCUUACUCUGUGGGUGACAUCACUUAAUCAUUAUGGGCUUCAAGUUUCUUUGCUUGCAAAAUGAGAAGCUGGACUCAAGUCCCCUUUAUCUCUAAAUCUGGAAAUCUGUGAUCUCUAAAUCUUUCAUUUCCAAGAUUAGUUCUACUCUUGAUUUGAGUUCCUGGCUUCCAAAGAGUUUCAAAAUUCUCCUUUUCUUCUACCGGACUGUCUAUCUCAAGAGCCAGAGCCCAGCUCUUUUUCCCAGCUAGCAAGCUAAAAAGCAACUGCCAGUAUCAAAUGAGGUAAUAUUUGUAAAGCACUUUGCAAACUUAAAGAGCUAUUUAAAUGUUGGCUAUUAUUAUUAAUAACAAUACUAGUUUAAGGCAGUACUUCUCCCUAGCAUAUGUAUAUUUUUAAUAUGAGACACUGAAAAAUGAAAUAUCUUUUAGAACCAAAAGAACGAAUCCCUAGUGAUGAGAAUUAAGACAAACAUUUGACUGACCCAAAAGGGGAGUUAUUUUUCCUUGGGGAUGCUUCUCAGUUUUUCAUCUACCAGUUAGUCAGUCGACAAACAUUUAUUAAGCACUUAAUAUAUUCCAAGAACUGUGCUAGGUACUGAAGUUACAAAGGCUAAAAAUGAAAUAGUCCCUGCACUCAGGAUUCUAUAAGAAUGUCAAUUCAAUUUAAAGAAACUUCUAUCAAACAUAUGCCUCCUAGGUCCUUAAAGUAGGACCCAGAAUUGGACAUAAGCAAGUUCUCUGCUAAAAACCCAAUUUAAGUUCUCAUUAACCUUUGUCUGUUUAUCAUUGUCCUUAAAUAAGGCUAAUUUAUUAUUAUCAAAUGAGUUAAUACACAUAAAGUGCUUUAAAAACCUUUAAGUGAUGUAUUAAUGCUAGCUGUUAUUAUUAAUAUUAUCAUUCUAUUUCAUCUCCGCAAGGCAGUGAACAGACGGCAGUCAUGUUAAGCUUAAAUAGAAAUGGAGGCACUAAAUUGUAAUUAAGGAUGCCAGUGGAUGCACAUUGGCUUAGAAAACCACUCAUUUUGAUAUAUUUUUUCUUUAUUAUUGCAUCAACACAUUGAAAUCAGAUAAGAUAUAUGCAGUCAGCAGUGUUGAGGGGAUGGGAGUCUGGUAUUUGCCACCUCUGACCUACAGAACCAGCCAUGGUGCUACCUGGUGAGUCUGAUGCAAAUUCUGAGUGGGGGGAUUGCUUGCAGACUUCUGCAUUUAAAAUUCCCGAUGCCCUCUUCCUCCUGGUUGCUGGAGAAUAUUAAAUCAGGCACCCCAUGGAUCCCGCCCCGGGGCAAAGGAGUCUGCCCACAUUCUUGUCUGACAGAGGCUUCUGGAGCUGCUGAUUGCUCAGGCGGGCCAAGCUUCCAUCAGCACCAAGAGUUGCAUCUUUGACAUUCUAGGCAUGUCAGCUGUGACUCCCAAGCUGUCUAUCCAGUGUCAGGUGGAUGCUACUGGGAUUGGUGACGUCAGCUUAGUGGGAUGAGUAGCAGAACAACAACAGCAAGGAAUAGAAACACUCGGCCUCCAUAGCAACAGAAAGACAUGGGAGAGAAAAGGGAGAAAGAAGGGAGAUGGAGAAAGCACCAGUCUUAUAGAAUCCUAGAAUUUUAGAAUGGAGAAGCAACCUGAAAGACUUCUGGGGCAUUGUGCUACAGCAGAAAGAAUACUAGACUUGGAAACAAAGUGAGCUGGCUUCAGAACCACCUCAGACAUUGCUUUGGGAUCCUUGGGUUGAAAGAAUUGAAUUUGAUUUUGAAGUAUUUUUCAGUUCUCCAGUUCUGAUCCUCGGUUUCUAGCCUAGCCCCCUUUUUGUGAGCUUUUAUUUUUAUUUUAUUUCAAUCAACAAGCAUUUAUUUUCUUCCUCCUUCCCCCCUAAAAAAAAAAAAAAUCAAAACUGUUGUAACAAGGUCUAAACUGAGGCUUAGGGAAAUAAAAAGACAAGCUUUUGAUCCCCUUGGCAAAUUAGUGCCUGAAGCAGCUCUAGAACCCAGACCUCGUGAGUGGAGUGUUAAUUUUACCAAACCACCUGCUAAGGAGUCAGGAAGCUAAGAAAGAUGGACAGAGCUUGCUUCUGUGGUUUGGGUGUAGCAGUCCAUUCUUUCUGGAUGUCCCAUAACUAAAGUGUGACCUAAUUGGCACUUGUUUCCCUAGGAGAGCAGAAUGUGGCUAUGGCCAUCCCAGUGACUUGCAAGCAUGUUUGCCAUAGGCUUAUUUAAAUCAGUACCUCUGAGGUUUUAUUCAGUUCCAGAUCUGUCCCUUGCUUUGUUCACUUGAUUAAAAACCACAGUUGACAACUAGAUAUGUAGUGCAUUGAACACUGUUCCCUCUCUAUUAGUUCCAGCUACUGUAGCUCAGAAGAUUAAAAAGUAACCAAUAGAGUAGGUUAACUAAUAUUAGGCCUGAAUUGUGAAGCAUCCAAAAAUGUUAGUAAAAGUCAGCUCCUUCAAACAUGGGGUGUCAACAGGGAGACGUGGAUUGAAAGCAGGCUAAACAAUCAUUUAUUAAAACCUUUCCAAUGGAUUUUUAAGCCUAAAAAUAUCCCUUUUUGUAGGUUCCUUUUCCCCAAAAUUGAAAUGUGAUGAUUAUUUUUCCAUAUAUAGAUCCUAAAAACCCCUGAGCAUAUUUUGAGGAACAUCUGACCAAAAAAAAAAGAGGGCGGGGAGGGAAAGGAACAUUUCUCAGGGCUAAUACUUCCGCCUGGGGAGAGCCUUGUUAAUGCAAAGAGCACCACACCUUGCUAAAAAUAGUGUUGUACUUUAUGAACUAUCAUGGAAAAUUAGAUGUUAUUAGAGGAAGGGCUGGGGGCUAUGAGUAGCAAGGGGAAGGGAUGUUAUCUGGCUUACAGAACCCAGGCAAAAAUCUAUCCUGCCAAAUAUUCUGACCACAUGGGCCACAAGACCUGAGCACUGUUGGAUUGCAGAGGUAGAGGGAGGAUGUCAUGAUUCUCAAAACUAGGCAGAAGAAGCAAACCAUAAAUAGUGUGAUUUGAAGAGCAAGAAAUUUCUGUUCCUGAAUGGCUUCCUCAGUGAGAUCUGAAAUUCUUUCAUUAGUAAUACAUAUAUACCUUGUGUUGGGCCCCAUGCUGAGGUUUUGGAUAAAAUCGUUCUUUCUAAACUCAGUACAAGUGCCACUUCCUGAUCCCCCUUCCUUAUUUCAUCCUCCACCCAAAAAAAGUCUCCUUUCUUGAAUUUUUCAACUUUCUACUUUGCUUUAUUUGUAUACUACCUUGUAAGUAUAUUUAUUUAGGUAGUGUAGUAUAUUUUUUACAUGACCCAGGAUAUAUAAGUAUAUAAAAUAAAUAUAUAAACCAAACAUUUGCUGAUAAUAAAAUCAUAAUUUCAUGACCCCACAUUUAGUCAUGAGGUCCCACAUAGGAUCACAAACUACAGUUUAAAAGGCUGGGCUCUAGAGGAUAGAAGGUAGGCCCUAUUUUCAAGAAGAACCUGAAUCAGAAUUCUGUUUUAGGUACUUGCUAGCUCUGUGAUCUUAGAUAAGUUAUUUAAGUUCUCUCAGUCUCAGUUUCCUCAUCUGUAAAAUGGAAUAAAAAUAGCAAAUACCUCACAGAGUUGUGAGGAGCAAAUAAGUUGAUAUACAUAUGUAAAGGCCUUCACAAACUUUAAAGCACUAUGUGAUGGUAUUAUUUUUAUUGCUGUUACUCCCUGUCAUAUUCUCUCAAGGAAUGCUAAGUCAUCUCCUUGAGGAUGGAGGAAAUUGCUUCUCUGUCUCUCAAUGUCUCUCUCUCUUUCUCUCUUCAGAAUAUAGAAAGGUAAGAAAAUUUGGAAUGGAAAUAGGGAGUGAUUUGGGUAUUUUCAGGAGACAACAUGUGGCAAAACUUCCUCUUAAAGUAAGGAUUCUUAACCUUGUUAAACUCUUGUAUAUAUAGAUGUAUAGGAGUGUGUUAUAUUGCAUUUCAAUAUACUUGAUUGCUUUUGUAAUUCUUGAUAUUUUAUUUUUAUGCUUUUAAAAGCAUUAUUCUGAAAAGGGUCAGAUUGCCAAAAGGGUCUAAAAAUAGUUAAGAAUUCUGUCUUAAACCAUUGGUAGGAUAGAAUGAGAAAAAGAUUGAAAGUGGGAGUUUGGACAUGACUGCUAUAGAGUUCUCUCAUCUUUUCCAUUUUGGAGUGACUAAUAUAGUCACUCCAAAUAUUGCCAGAUUUGAAGCUAGCCUAGGUUCUCAAGGACUUUAUUGUCACUGGUUGGAAGCAGGAUCUCAAAGGUCAGCUUUUCUUGUGUCAUUUCUUUACUAAGCAAGGGAAAUAAAGACUGGUAGGAACAAGAAAUUUAAACCGCUUUUCUCUUUUCACAUCCCAUAAAUACUUGAGAUUUAGGAAAUGUCUCCACAAAAUAGGCACUUUUAGAUCUUAUUUCUGUCUGGACCUAUUUUAACCGAUUCCCAAACUUAAAAUUGGACAUGAGAUUAGGGAAUUAGAACUUCUAAAUCACAUUAUUGACUGGGCCAAUGCCAGGAGGGUCAGGAAUCCCCCUUUGAUUUGAGAUGAUCAGAGCACAAAUAUUCAUUAGGGGAAACUCUACUAGAGGUGAUAGGGUCUCCCCUCUAAAUUUUUAAAUAUUACAGAACAUUACAUAAUUUUACUCCCUGCCACAGGCUUUUAGGAAACUUAAAUUCUCUGCUACACCCACAUCUUAUCUUGUUCCUUUUAGGGAAUCCUUAGCUAUGACAGAAGGUUAAUGUGGGCAGUAUUUGUCAGUAUGCUGUUAUUAUUGCUUAGAGUGGUAAAACUUAUGUUUCAGAAUUCCCAGUGCUAAAAUGAGCAAAAGAGAUCAGGAUUCCAUGCUAUUGCUUCACUGCUCUUCAAAGUAGCUCUUAAUAAAAAAAUAAGAUUCAUCCCUAAAUCUUUUCUCCUUAACUUUUCAUGGUAAUGAAACAGGACCCUGAUUCCUAAUCUAUACAAUUCAUUGAAGAGAGGACCAUUAUUCAGAAUAGUAGUUAAAUGCCAGAGCAACAUGGUUGGAUAUAUAGAAAGGGCCCCAGAAGCUCCUUCAGUUUUGGACAUGUUUAUUCAGACUACAUUCUAGGUAUCUUUCCAGAAGGGAGAGAAAGGUUCUUUUUGAAGAGAACCAAAUCACAGAAAUUAUAACUAUUCUCUGAUAAAAUUCCCUAGCUCCUCUAGGAGAGAAUUAGGCUCUAAGAAUCUCUCUCAUAUUAGUUCAUUUUGCAUCAAAGACUCUGGACUUCUACCCACCAGCCAAUAAAGUUUAGGAAAGCUUGGAUCUUAACUUAUCUUAUUGUAAGAUACUUUCACCUUUCUCAUAGAAUUUUGGAGCUAAAAGAAAUCUUAAAAAUAUCUAAUUGGGGGUGGCACUUAGAGACCUCCAACGGUCUAUAAAUAUGAAUAAGAGAAAAAUGACAUCUUUAUUUUCACUAACUUCUAACUGAAAUUUAGCAUUUCUUUCAAUUUUUUUUUAAUAAAUAUUAUUCUGAGAGGAAAUAAUAAGAUUUCUCCAGAUUACCAAAGGGGUCCACAAAACAAACAAACAAAAAGAUUAAAAACUUUUUACCUUGUUUUAAGGAAAGAGGAAGAGAAGGCUAAUAAGGCAUUUAUUAAGCAUGAGCUACUUUACAAAUAUUCUUAUUUUAUCCUCACAAUAAAUAGAAACAGGUGCUUCUAUAAUCAAAUUUCCACUCUGCUAUUUACUACUUAUUUUUUCCCUGAGGCAAUUGGGGUUAAGUCACAUAAGCUAGGCAGUGUUUCAUGGCUGAGGUCUGAUUUGAACUCAGGUCCUCCUGACUUCAGAGCUGGUGCUCUAUCCACUGUACCACCUAGCAGCCCCUGUUAUUUACUACUUAUGUGACUGACUUCACUUUUCUUCUCUACAGAAUGAGGGAAUUGUGUAGACUAGAUGAUCUCCAAGUUCUCUUAUAACAAGUGGUAUAUAACUAUGCUUUUUAAAAGCAAAGUUUAACAAACAGAUUUAGGGAGGGGGGAGGGAAGGAAGGGGAAAGGGAAGGGGAAAACAUAUGUUUGACACACUUUGACAUUUAAGUUUAUCAGCAUUUUUAUAUUAUUUUCUUAAGUCUAGACAAGUAACAAAAUAUCAAAUCAGGCCCUGAUAUGUAGUGUUUACUGAUUUCUGAGGUGAUAAUGCUCAUCUCUACUUAUCUAUCACAUAAAAUACUCACCUAUCAUAUAGUAUUGAAGUUAAACUAAACCUCAUGUCAACUUGAUGCCUUUUUAAGGCCUUUCCCACUAAAAUCCAUAUAGCUUUUUCUUCAUCAGAAUUUUAGUAGACCAAAACAUAUUUCUGGACUUUCCCUACUUUUUUCAAAGAACCAAAGAAAACGUUAAGUAUCUAAUUCCACAUUUUUUUUUUUUUUAAAAAAGCAAAACAAACAAACAAACAAACAAAACCUUUAUCCACUCCUUUGUUUUUUGCUUUCAUUUACUGGCAUUAGUUGGUAUGAGCAUGAGCAGUGUUGUGUGUGGAAAAUACUAGGAGUGAGAAGAUCCAACCAUUAAGUUACUGGGUGACACUGGGCAAGAUAUUUGACUUCUCUGGGGCCUGCUUUCCUCAUCUGUAAAAUGAAGGAAUUGAUCUACAACAGGUCUUCCUCCACCAGUGGAUUACUAGUUAUUGAAGCAGAGUGCUCAAUUUCGUGUAAAUGAUUUAGAUUUGGAGUGGACUGCAUGACUUUUGAAGUCCCUUCCAAUUGAAAUUCUUUGUGUUCCAUGUAGUUGAAUGACCUUUUAUUUUUGUAUACCCAGUACCUAACAUAAGGGCCUGUCACAUAGGAGGAGCUUAGUAAAUGCUUGUUGAAUAAAUGAAUGAAUGAAUUGAGCCUAUCAUUAACUUUCCAUUUUUAACGUACGUUCUCUUCCAUUGGAUUAUAUAAAGGAAUCAAAAGUAGUCUUUCUUCUAGACUUAGUAGUCUUCUUAGACUUUUCUCUAAGGAUCUUCUUAGCUUUGAAUCUUUAAUAACUACUGAGAAGGACCAGUCCAGCUUCACUUAAUAGGUUGAUCCUGACUUGACAUGGGUCAGUAUUAUCAUUUUAGUUGCAACUUGAAUUGUGCCUCAAUAGAAGAUGGGAAAUCAAGUCUUCUAGAGCCUGAGAAAUAGGCCAGAACAGUUUCUUAGCACCUGAUGUUUGACCUGAAGAGAGUGAAUGAGACUAUUCUGUACUUUAAGAGCUUUGAUAAGUAUUUGUUUCUUAAAAAUUGAGCCACUUUAACACAAGAUUAAGAAAUCAAUCUUCUGCCGUGUGUCCUAUAAAGUCAGCAUAGGCUACUCUUAACUUAGAAAAAAAGAAAUAUAAUGAAGUGCCAGAGGGAGAUGGAGGAUAGUUGGCAGGUUUGUGCCAAUUAAUUGCAUAAAUUUGAAUGUUUGCUGCGUUCUACUUCUUGCUUGGCCUAAAUCUAGGAAACUUGGAAGCAACUUUGCAGUGUGGUGUAGUGAGCAACAGGAGUGCUAAACCUGAAAUAAGGAAGACCUGGAAUCACAUGCUGCCUUAGGCACUUACUAUUUGUGUGAUCCUGGGCAAGUGCCUCAGUUUUCUCAACUGAAAAAAGCAAAGAUUGGAUAGAUGACUCAUCAGAUCCCAUCUAGCUCUUCCUUCUAUUAACCCAGCAAUUUUUGGAGGGAAGGAGGAGAUGUUUAGAUUGCAUCCCAACUAAGUACAUUGUUUUGGUUGGUGAGUUGUCCUAAGGCAGACUGCCAGAGUCAAUUCUAGCCAUCUGUCUCCUCCUUCUAGUCAUAUGAUUCACUUCCUGGACUACUUUGGACUCCUAAUCCAGGCGGGAAGUUGCAAUAUAUCCUUAGACCAUCCUGGUGAUUUGCAUAGGUUGGAGCUGAAUUUGCUAAUUUGUCAGAACAAGAAGUGCUUCUUGGUGAUGGAGAUGAUUACUUCUAGGAUUAAAUAACAACUCCUUUAUCUGGUAUUCAAAGUUCUUCACCAGAGGAUCUUGGUUCCUUCCCAUUUUUCCACUUUUAUACCUUACUCUCACCGUGAAAAGUCUAUGGUACUGACCUACUUUCAGUUUUCCACACCCCACCAUCUAUUUCCCAUCUCCAUGCCUUUGUACUUGCUGUUACCCCAUGUUUGGAAUGCCCUCCAUAUUUCUACCUAAGAAUUUCUAGCUUUUUCCCCCCAAAAUUGACUCAAGUGCUACCAUCUGCUGGAGAUCCUUCUAAAUUAAACAAGCUAUUGCUGCUUUCUACACUGAAGUAAUCUAUUUUGUUCAUAUCUUCAGAAGCUUUGCAGCAUAAUGAACAAAGUUGUUUUAUUGUAGUUGGUCGCUGUUAUUAUUCCAGUCCUCUCUGUGGCCCCAUUUGGGAUUUUCUUGGCAAACAUACUAUAGUAAUUUGCCACUAUCUUCUCCAAAUCAUUUUACAGAUAAGGAAACUAAGGCAAAUAAAGUUAGGUGACAUGCCCAAGCUAAUAAGUGUUUGAGGAAAUAUUUAAACUCAUGAUUCCAAGCCCAAUGCUUUGUCCAUUGUUCUACCUAACUGCCCUUAAAGAAUAGAGAACUGGCUUCAGAGCCAGGAUGACCUGUGUUCAAAUGCUAACUCUGAUACUGGCUUUGUGACCUGGGAAAGACGCAUAAUCUCUCAUUGAUCUUCUGGCUAACUUUCUAAAGUUGCAAGUCACAGAGGAAGGUGUAGACCUGUCUUGAGUAUGUUCGUACCAAUGAAAUCAUAUCAUCCAUCCCUAUAUCUCUUGUAUAUUCCCAUAUGUGCUCAUGUUGUCUCCUCCAUUAGAAUGUAAGCUCCAGGAACUACUCUACUUUUUCUUUGUAUCCCCAGUGCUCAGCAUAGUGCCUCGGACACAGUGCUUAAUGAAUGCUUCUAAAUCCAUAUUGUACUUCCCAAAGAGAGACUUCAAAGUUAAAAGAAAAACAAGAAGAGCAUCUUUCAAAAAACAAAAACAAAAAAAGAUAUCCUCCAGUGAUCUUUAUACUUCACAAUCACCAAGUCUAUUUGAAGCUAAUUGGGGACUGAGAGAUGGGGUUAAAGAAAAUUUCCAACAAUAGUUACAGCUGUCUCGAGUGCCUAGUAUUGAGGCAAAAGAAGACUGAAAUUCAGUAAUUUGUAUACUCACAUUUGUAUAGAACUCUAAGGCUUAAAAGUACUUUUUAACAUGUAUUAAAGAGCUUUACAAAUGCUAAAGUGCUCUAUAAAUGUCAGUUGAAAUUAUUACUAUUAUUAUUAUAUACAUUCUCUCAUUUUAUCCUCACAACUGCUUAAAUGGGAAGCCACAAAAGGAAAGAAGGCCUCUAUGAGCCUUAACUUUGUUUUGAGAUGCUCUUCCAAGAUUUAGUUUCUUAUCAUGUUGGAGACAUUGGUUCUAUACACUAGGUUUUGAUAUUUCCUUAGCUCCUUCAGCCAGGGGCUAUCAUUAAUUCAAUUGCAUUGUCAUUUUUAGGUCAUGUGGAUCCACUAUUUAGGUAUAUUAAUUUCAUUAUUAAUAUAGAUCAUUGACCUUGAGAAAGCAGGAAAGUUAGUCAUAGAAUAGACGUUCAAAACACAUUUGUGUGAUUCAUAGUGGCUAGCACAGUGCUAUGCUAUGCAUACCUGAGUAUUCAGAUAAAUUCAUUUGCUCAUUCAUUCACCUAAAAAACACUUUUUAAGUGCCUAUUUUAUGUAGAAUGUCAUGAUAAAGGCCCAAGGGGAGUCUAAAUUUAGGCAAGACACUCAUAGUCAUUGCCUUCAUGGAGGUUACAGCCUAACAGAAUGAGGCAAACUCAGAAACUAUAAUUACCUUAUAACUGCAUUAGAGGACUGGAAAAAUACUCUAUGUGAAGUCUUUGGGAGAAAGUUAUUACCAAGCAGCGAGAAAGUUUACUGAAUAGAAUAGCAUUUGAGUGGGCUUUAAAGAUGGAUAGAAAAUUCACUAAGUGAAGAAAGGACCAACUAUUGAAUGAGAAAUUAUAAAAAGGCUUCACUGAGCUGAAAUAAGGUCACGAUUCCAUUGUUCCCCAGCUCCCUAUACUGUUAUUUUUAGUGGUCUCUGCUGUUGGCCUUGGGGUCAGAUCUUCAUAGAAAUGUCAGCCUUAGUUUUAUACUUGGGAUUCUCAGAUAGAUUAUGGGUUUUAGAUGAUUGGUUCCAGUAUUAGGAAAUGACUCCCAAAUUUUGACUGAUUAUGUCCCCACCCUUAAAUGAAUGGGUCAACUUGAGCAGGCACACAUUUUCUUUUUAGGCAAAAAUCGAAAUUAAAUCAUUUUAAAGAAAGAUAACACUGGUUUUGGAAAGGGUACUCUAGCCACCCUAUCAAUAAAAGAUAUUAAGUUCACAGUGUUUGCUUUAAACUGAAUGACCUUUCAAACUCAUUUACACCACCCCAGGGUUUGCCAAGCAAGUUGGUUUACCUCCCUUCAGUGUUAGGUCCCACUGUGCUUUAUGAAGCUUUAUUGUGAAACAAGAGUGAACUGUCUUUGAUACUAACUUUUAUUGACUUGUUAAUGUCUAUAAUGUUUGUCAAUGGGAUUUGCAGCUGUGCUUUUUUUAAUGUCUUGUAUUGGACCACAUCUAGAUUGGUGAAAUCAGUAUUUUGUAUUUAACACAGUAUUUAAUAAAAGUUUGUAAUAAGAAUAACCAGGGCCAAGAAUAUUCUUAUUUCCUGUGGAGUAGGAAUUAAAUAAAACUCAAUACCUCACUCUUA